AGGCAGCGCCGCCCCGCUUCGGGCCCGCCCUCGAGGUGGCACCUCCCUCCUCAUUGCAUAUUCAUGAGGAAGUCUGUUGUCUCUCUCCUUCUCGCUUGGACUUCAAUACUGUGCAGCAGCAGGUGAAAGGCACUUGGGAACAGAGGUGUGAAUACAGCCAGCAGCUCUCUCUCCUCACAGGUGGUGAGGAGCAAGCAUCAGCUCCCUCUCUGGUGAAGACCUAUGGCCAACCUGGACAGCAGAGAUGGCUGUAGGGAUGGAGGUGAAGCCCUACACCUUUGGGCCUGCUCAGAAGACUUGCUGCUGGGGAGAGGAAGGGGAGAUCUCUGCUCAAGGAGCAGCUUUCUGAGUGUGGUUGGUCUCUGCAGCGCUGCUUUUGCUGCAUGGCUUUUCCUAAUGGGGCUGGAGGGAAGCAGCUGGGGCUGCUGGGAGCUUGCUGAGGGCUUCCAUUUGCUUCUUGCUCUCCUAUCCGCAAUUGUGGUCUUUAAUCAUCUCUAUUUCAAAUGACAAAAAGGAUAUGAGUGCAUUGAUCCUCUUCGUUGUGGGCAUCUGCAUGACACCGGUCUGCAAUAAAGGUAAGUGAUAGGAAACCAAAAAAUACUCACGGCUUUGUGGAUCCACGUGGCAACAGGAGGGAAGCACUGCUUUGGUGCUGGGACCAGGCAUGGUCCAGAAACUGUCCCUGCUGGGUGGAGAGAGACAAGGAGUGUUAUUUCUGCUGGUCGUCCUGGAGCUGGGAAGGAGCAGAGCACCUGGGAAGAGGAGGCACUCCCACCACACAGAGCUUUAGCUCUCUGCUGAGGUUCAAGCAACAGAGUUUGGGAUUUGGAAAGGGAUCUUUGCUGGAUAUUCUCCCACAUUGCUGCUGCACACCCAGCCUGGCCUCGGCAGGAUUUGCUUUCUGAGUCUUCUGCUUCCAAGUGAAGCCUCUGCGAUUUGGGAUGUGCGGAGCUCAGCACUGGCCUGCAGAGGGUAUCCUAAGCCUAUGCAUGGCUUCAGCCUCACAUCCUGCCACCCUAAGCCAACACCUCUGCCUCACCCAGCCUGCCAGGGAAUGUUUCUUUGCUUCUCACCUCUCCCGAGGAGCUGGCAGUGUUUUGCCACUCUCACUGUGUGGUUCUCCCAGUGACAAUGCCAGCUAUAGGGUCACUCAUCCACAGCCCCCUGUGCAGGGGAGGAUGUUCUGCAGUGGAGAUGGGAGAUACAGACAACUUUCCCAGCUUUCCUCUCUGUCCUUAACCUUGGUGCUUCCGUCCACCUUUUGGCUCAUCCUCGCAUCUCUGACCCUUCUCCGUGUGCUGCUGCUCAGCCUCUCUGCUCUUUGCCUUGGACAAUCCAUCCCAUUGGUUGUGCUUCAUGGGGCUUUUCUCUGCUGCCUCUCUUCACUCUCUCUCUUUUUUGGUCACUGAUCUCCAUCCCUGGAGGGAAAUCUCUGCUCUUCCUCCCUGUCCUCUCUCCAUCCGUUUGCCCUGAUUAUAGACUACUUGCUGUGUGUUGGUCUUGCAGUGAGCUCAGAUGAUCAAAAUUACUGAAUUUCAUACUCCAUGUUCCAUCUAUAAAUUAUCUCAUUACCUGUUUUUAAGCCUUAUCAGUUGGUGACUACCUCAAGCCCUCAAAGGUGCAGAUUUAGGGCUCUUAAAAGUUCCCCAACACCCAGAGUCUCGCUAAAACUACCUUUGCUGCAGUGCUUAUGGCUGUCUACAUGGGGAACAACCAUUCCCAAACUCUGGCAAGUCAUUGCUGGCCUGUGCUGCUGAGGAUUUUGACCAGAUCCUGUUGCAUACCCACAAAACACUUGGGAACACGCCUGAGCUGUGAUGAACAGUUACCUCCAGCACUCUGGGCUGCAGGUGUUAUUUCCUGCAGUUGUUAUAUCGCUGUAGAGUGAUAAAUGUGAAGGCUGCUCCUCCCUUUCCCUGGGUUGUGAAUCAGGAGAGGAAGGGUGAUGUCCUCUGCAGACUGCCUUCAUGGGCCUUGCCUUCAAGAAAACUCCAGGAGCCUCCUGAGCUCUCACCAGCAUUAAUCACUCAUCAGGAGGAGAGCAGGUGAUCAGGUGCUGGGAAAGGUGGUGUCUGAGUGUUUGAGGUUGAUGCCAACCCUCUCUCUUUGGGUGGGUGCAGUGGGAUGGAGAGUCCCGUGAGCAGUGAAGGAGGGAGUGAGUAUUGUAUGAGAAACUCACCCCAAGCAAGGGAAGCUCGACAGCAGUCAGGACAAGAGGUGACAGCAUAAGAACAGGUCAGGGCUCAGCCCGAAGGACCCUUGCCAGCACUUCCCACUCUUCCCAUUCAGGUUGGAGGUGCAGAGCCAGUGGUGAGAGCAGCUCCUGGGGCAUUGUGCGUGAGGGUCAGAUGUUCUCUGCAGCUCAGAGAAGAAUGUUUUUCCUCUGCAUCUGCUUCUCUCCAUCUCUAUGUGGUUCCCAGAUGGGCCGGUAGGGAACGGAGCCUCCCAGCUCAUAAGCCCUAAUUACCCAAAUGUCCCUCUCUAGCCCCUAAUGACUCGUGUGCCUCCAGGUCCAUUGAUCAGCACAGUUUCAAUGGGGCAGGAUCCAUCAGUCCUUGCCCUUGAGUGGGCUCAGUGCUUCGAUUUCUUUUUCCCCUUUCAGGUUGCUCUGUGUCACUCUGUGUCAGUGAGAGGGGAGUAUUGUGAAGCUGUGGCACAAAGAAAAUAUGGAUUUUGCUCAAUUUAUCCCUACUUAGUGGAGUAUGGCAGAGAGGCAUCAUCCCAUUCCAUACCCAUCCCCUUCUGGUGGAAGGACUCCAUCUCCAUUGGCUAUAGAUGAGUAAAGUAGACGUUCAAUCAUAGAAUCACAGAAUAUCUCGAGUUGGAAGGGACCCAUAAGGAUCACUGAGUCCAACCUCUAGCAUGCCAGUGUCAGACUGUAGAGUCAUUUGAGUUGGAAGGGACCCACAAAAGUCAUCAAAGAUGAAUCAGUUCCAUCAGAUGUAUGCCAGACAUUAAUUACGUGAUCGCUAGCCAUCAAUGGGGAUGAGUAAAGCCUGGGGAGCUACAGGAGGGAUCUCACCUCUGCUCUGUGCAGCCCUGGGUUUGGGUGUCAGCCUUCCCAAUGGCUGCAGUUCAUUGAACCCCAGAGUCCCAGAGUAGUUUGGUUGGAACAGACCUCAAAGCCCCCCCAGCUCCAACCCCUCCAUGGGCAGGGACACCUCUCACAGUCCAGUGCCCACAAGCCCAUCCAAGGUCUUGGGCACUGCCAGGGGUGGGCACUCACAGCUCUGGGCUGCAGUGCCAGAGCUUUAACAUGAAUUUCUUCCUAGUGUCUUAUCUAAGUCUACUCUGUUGAUUUGAAAGCCAUUAACCCUUGUGCUGUUGCUACACUCCCUCUAGGUGAUGCUUCCCUUCUCAAUGGAAGAAGCUUACUGCUUGCUUGGGUGGCUGAGGGUCAGUGGUGUGGGCUGGCCUUGGGAAUUCAGUGUGGUGGUUGCUUUGGAAUGGCCAACACUGAGGAUUUAUGCCUGCAUUCCCCAUGGUGGGCAGAAGGAACAGUGUGUUUUAGCAGCAUCUCCUCCACCCCUGGGUCAAGGCUUGCUUCUGCUUCUUUGCAGCCAGAUUUCUUUACAUCCAGCAGGUUUCCAGUCCCUUUGCCCACUGCUGGCAGCUCUAACCCAUGUGGUUCUCUUGGCCCACGAUUCCAGGCUGCAAGCUUCCAGCUCCCACAGCCCCGCCAGCUUGCUGUCCUGCCACGAGGUUUGCAUGGCACGGGAUGUUGUUGGAGCCCACGCUGUUUAUUCGGGGGUUGGUAGGAGAAUCUCAGUUUUCAUUUGGAAAACAAAAAGGAAUUGCCCAGAAAACAUGAAGCGAGCUGGACCUAAAGGCUCAGGAACCAGAAGGCAAAUAGAAAGGACCCAGGUUUUAUUAUUUGCAAGCCAAUCCCCUGGUUUUGGAGCCUGCUUCGUGAUCGCAGAUGGAUUGAUGUUGGCAGAAUCGAGCUGUCCGCCAGAUUCCUUCACAGAUUAAGAUAAAGAGCCUCGUUUUCUUUUGCCAAAGGGUGAAUGUCUUCUUUAUGAGAUGUAAGAGAGAUGUAACACAGCACCUUGCUCCCGACAAGCCUGGCCUUUAUUUCCUGGGUCUGCACUUAGGACAUGGCUGAACGUUCCCAUAAGUUUCAGCCCUGAUGCAGGGCCAGGAUCUACAGCCCUGAAUUCAGUGGUUGCUGUUGCAGCAGAGAUGCAAAGUAACUUCAUUGAUCUGGACUCCCCAUUUUUCUCUGCCCUUCCAUAGCCAUAUGCAGACCUGUGCUACAAAUGUGCUUUUCAGGUCUGCCCUGUGCAAGGGAAGAGCUGGGCGAGGAGGUACCCCUUGUCCUGGGGGGAGCUGGAAGGAGCUUGCUGUUUACUCUCAAACUCUUUAAUACUGUGGUUGUGUGAUGUGUGUUAGCUAAAUCCAUUUGGCCAGGAUAAAUCUACACCACGCAGAGGCAGUGAGGACAGAAAGAUGAUGAGAAAAUGUGGGUUCUUUGAUCACAUCCCCAUCCCAAACCUGCAUGGAUGCUGCAGGGGUUCCACCCCAGCUCUCUGAGCAGAGGAAGCAGCAUGGAUGGGCUCCGGAUUGCUCUGACAAUCAGCUCUUGUAACCCACCAGGGACUUCUGGAUCCAGAAUGCAGGCAUUCUGCUGGCUGCUCUAAAACCCAGCCCUUUAUUUUGUCUUGAAGGUGUGUGGUCAUGUCAGGAUUCCUCCGGUCAGCCGUGAAAUCCAACAGCAGCUGCACUGUGCUUCCUGCAGACGGAUGGUGCCAGACAGAAGGUGCCUGGCUUACAGCUCCUGUGUUCUUGGUCCUUCAUCAGCACCAUGCUCGCAAUCCACAGGGGAGGGCAGCGAGUGGAGGCGCCUUUGAUCGGAGCGAGGCGAACCCCGACGGGCACCGGCACCACCGGGACCGGCACCACCGGGACCUCCGCGGGCAUCGGUACCGUCGGGCACCGGCACCACUGAGACCCCCCCCGGUCAUCGACACCGAGACAUCGCCGAGCGCCGGGCAUCACUCCCCGUGGGUAUCCCCAGCACUGACACCGGGACAGCCCCGAGCACCGGCACCGGGAGCAGCACCGGGACAUCGGGCAGCCACACGGCAGCAGCCGGGCUGUGACACCACAGCACCCACCGAGCGCAGGGACCGAAGCUCCCCGGGCACCGACCGCCGGGCUGCGAUGCUCCCCGGUGCGGGUCCCCUCGCUUUCCUCCUCCGGUGUCUGCUGCUGCUCUUCGCCUCCGAGAGCCGAGCACGGGCUCGGCCAGAUAUGUUCUGCGACUUCAAUGGCAAGAAGUACAGCCCAGGUGAGAGCUGGCACCCCUACCUGGAGCCGCAGGGGCUGAUGUACUGCAUCCGCUGCAGCUGCUCCGAGAAUGGCAACACGAGGUGCUAUCGGAUCCAGUGCCCCGCUCUGCAAUGUGCCAGCCCUGUCACAGACCCCCAGCAGUGCUGCCCACGGUGUCUUGGUACGGGGCCGUCCCAUGGGGAGGGAGUGGCAGGAGCAAAGGGGAAUUUUAGGACGAGAGAGCCAAAUUCCCCUUCUGGUCUCCGGGCACCUGUCAGGUCCUGCCAGUACAAUGGGACGACGUACCAGCAAGGAGAGAUGUUCACCACCAGUGAGCUCUUCCCAAGCCGCCAGCCCAACCAGUGUGUGCAGUGCAGCUGCUCUGAAGGCCAGAUUUACUGUGGCUUGGUGACCUGCCCAGAGCUGCUGUGCUCCAAUCCCCUAACCGUGCCAGACUCCUGCUGCCAGGUCUGCAAAGAUGGCUCGUAUGAGAAGUCUGCGGAAGAGGAACCCCUGCAGUUAAACAGAGGUGUUAGGCACUCACAAGACCAGUGCUUGGGGGAAGCAAUGGGCAGAAGGCCACCCGGAGCCACCGCGUCCACCAUGCUCAGUUCCUCACUGGAGUUCAUCCCCAGAAGCUUCAAACCCAAGGGGGGAGGUGGCACCACUGUGAAGAUCGUCUUGAAAGAGAAGCACAAGAAAGCCUGUGUUUACAAUGGGAAGACCUACUCCCAUGGAGAAGUGUGGCACCCCGUCUUCCGGCUCUAUGGGCUCCUGCCCUGCAUCCUGUGCACCUGCAGGGACGGUGUCCAGGACUGCCAGAAGAUCACAUGCCCCAAGGAGUAUCCGUGUGACUCUCCGGAAAAAGUGGAUGGGAAAUGCUGUAAAAUAUGUCCAGAAACCAGAGUCAAACCCACUGAUGAAGUCAUCACUGAGAGAUGUGGCAAGACCCCCAACCACGUCCUGGUGUACAUGUUUGUGCCACCGAGCUCUGAGAACUCCAAGGAGAUCCUGAGGACGGUCGCUAUUGAGAAGGAGCUUGCAGAAGAGGUGGAAAUCUAUAACUGGAAGCUGAUUAAGGGGAUAUUUCACUUGAUCCAAACCAAGAAGAUCAGCAAACAGGAAUUCAAGCAAGAAGCGCAGAACUACAGGCUGAUCGCCAGGACGAACGAAGGUCACUGGAACAUCUUCCAAGCCCAGACGUCAGAGCUGAGGAUGACAGAGAGUCCAGAGAAAGAAACAGAGAACUUGUAAAGAGAAAAAAGAAAUAACUUUAACCUAGCUAUUGAUUUAUCUACACCCACACACACAUACACACCUACACAUAUAUACGAAGACAAGUUGCAUUACUCAAUAGACUGGCACAGCAGUAAGAGAUACACUAGUGUAAAUGGCAGCAGCUCCAGCAGGUGAACCAAACCCAACCACCACCACCGUGUCCACGACGUGGCAGCACGAUGUCCCUCGGAGUGCUCCAGUGGGACUGGAGGAGGCCACCGUGUCUCCUGCUGCUGAAGGAGCCGGGUGGGCAGAGGGGGAGUGCAAUGUGAAGAGAGGAGGCAUUUCUGGGAGCACUGGAGCCAGCGACCAAGCAGGAUGAGGAUGUGCUUCGGAUCACUGCCAGCACUGCAAUGACCUGCAAGGAGAGAAGACUUAUCCCUGUCUCCUUUCUUGGAGGCCCCCGUGAUCUGCAAAACUGGCUUUUAUUUUGGCCAAAUACCCUCCAAAGAGUAUCGAAACAUCUUGAGUCUUUCCUCCUGAUUCAUAGGAUCGUAGAAUGGUUUGAGUUAGAGGGGAUCCCUAGGGGCCAUCUGAUCCAAAUCCCCUGCAAUGAACAGGGGCACCCACAGCCCCCUCGGGUGCCCACCUGCUGACACCAUGGAGGGGAGCCAGGGGCGUGGGGUGGUGGCACAGAUUUAGGUCCAACAGCACCAAAACUGCUUCUCAUGGUGUGGGGGUGGAGGAGGUGCCCCCCGAUGGCUGGUACCACCUCUUUCCAUCCCCUGUCCCCCCUGCAAGAAUGUAACCUCCAUCCCUCGCCGCUCGCUGGCUCUGAGACUCCAAACACUGCACUAAUGAAGCGUGUCAUUAUGCUCUAUAUUUAUCUAUAUCCUACAUACUAUCUUCUGGGCUGUAUUCACAGGAGGAGCAUCUCCCAAAGGGCAAACAGGGCCAUUCCUGCAGCACGGAGAGGAGGGAGUGCAGCAGCACCGCUCUCCCCCAGACUGGAAAUAGCUUUGGGGGAUUUUCAGGUCGUUUGGGUACAUGUAUUUAUCCCCGGUUUCUUGUUUUAUUCUGUUUUGAUAAAUCUAUUUAUUUGGAGAUCCGGAUCUGUCGGAUAAAUCUGAUUAAAGCGCCUUUUUGAUUCA